AUGGAGGUGUCCUCGGGUGCCGUUGAAGUUCUGGCCUUCGUGAAGGACAUGGACCUCUGGAUCUGCAACCUCGGCUACGUUGGAGACCACGUGGCCGUCUCUCGCACCUUUGGGAACAUCACAUAUCAAAGCGGCGAGAAGGUGAAGGGCAUCAUCAACGAGCCAUAUGUGUACAAAGUGGAGAUUGAUGACGAGGAAGAUUUUUUGAUCCUGGCCUCGGAUGGCAUUUGGGACCCUCUCAAGGACCAGUUUGCCGUCACCCAUGCACGAAGAGCGCUUCGGACAACCGAACAACCCGAGGAUGCCGCAAAGCAGUGGGCAAAAAUGCCGCGAAAGUCAGCGCAGCUGACAACGCAGCUGCCAUAG